AGAGAGAGAGAGAGAGAGAGAGAGCCCAAAAGAAAAGUACAUUGAUAGAAGCUAAGAUCUCUGCAACCGUUAACAGAAGACACACAGACAGAGGAAAAAGAGAGAGAUUAUAAAUAUUUCGUGCUGUGUUGUUCAUUUUGUUUUCUUUCUCUGUUUCUUAAAGACUAUCAACGAGCGCUCUUUGUCCUGCAAAAGUACCUCCUUAAUUCGCUCUUGCAGGUGCUUCUUUUUGUCAGAUCUCGAUUCUCAAAGCCCUGGAAUCAAGCUCCAACAAGCAACUACUCAGUCUUCGUUGUCUCCAACUCAAAGUUUCCAUUUUAAUUUAGAGAGCGACACUGCUCUGUUUACUCUGUUUUUCUCCACUCCUUUUCAACACUUGCCAAACCAUGCCUUAUUCUUUCAGAUAAAGCCAAAUUUGAUAGGAGAGAUACCGUUGAGUGACACUUAAGGCACUGCCAAAUUGCCAAUCUCGGAAUUGGUGGACUUUUAAGAAUUUAAUACACUGCAAGAUUGUAACUUCCUUCAGCAAAAGUUGUAACAGACGGCCAAGCCUAUACGAGUGGCACUCUACUUGUUCUUUCUUCAAAAGAGAAAACGAGACAAGCACUACUACUACUAUCUUUCAAAGGAGUUAAAGAAGGCAACGGAUUGCGGCCUUUCACACAUUUGUCAUUAAAAGAGUACCUUGCUUACUCUGCUUUUCCCAUUAUAAAUCCCCCGGCUAAACUCUCACGUGCAAGGUCGCAGAGACUGAGAUUUGGAUCUAUUUGGUCUCUAAACAAUGUUACCUCAGAAACAAGCAGAGGAGGCCAUGGUCUCGAGCUUCAACUUGACUGAGCGUGAUGACAGGGAGGAAGAGAAGGCAGACGAGCCAGGUUUUGGCCUCAAAAGCAUUCUCUGGCAUGGCGGGUCUGUAUAUGAUGCAUGGUUCAGCUGCGCAUCCAAUCAGGUUGCUCAGGUUCUGUUAACGCUGCCAUACUCUUUCUCUCAAAUGGGGAUGCUUUCAGGGAUUAUUCUGCAGGUCUUUUAUGGUCUGCUUGGAAGCUGGACUGCUUAUCUGAUCAGUGUUCUCUACGUCGAGUACCGAAGCAGAAAAGAGAAAGAGAAUGCCAACUUCAAGAACCAUGUCAUUCAGUGGUUUGAAGUGCUGGAUGGUUUACUGGGUCCGUACUGGAAAGCUGCCGGCUUGGCCUUCAACUGUACCUUCCUUCUCUUUGGAUCUGUUAUCCAGCUUAUAGCUUGUGCAAGUAAUAUAUACUACAUAGAUGACCAUUUAGACAAGAGGACAUGGACUUAUAUCUUUGGAGCUUGCUGUGCAACCACUGUGUUCAUACCCUCCUUCCACAACUACAGAAUUUGGUCCUUCCUUGGGCUGGGAAUGACCACCUACACUGCUUGGUAUUUGACCAUUGGAGCCAUUGUUAAUGGCCAGGUGGAGGGUGUACAACACUCUGGCCCAAAAAAAUUGGUAUUGUAUUUCACAGGCGCCACCAAUAUACUGUACACUUUCGGCGGGCACGCUGUCACCGUGGAAAUCAUGCAUGCAAUGUGGAAGCCUCAGAAAUUCAAGUACAUAUAUCUGCUGGCCACCCUCUAUGUAUUCACCCUUACUCUUCCAUCUGCUACUGCUAUGUACUGGGCCUUUGGCGACAAACUCCUCAACCAUUCCAACGCCUUCGCGCUCCUUCCCCGGAAUGGAUGGCGUGACGCUGCAGUUGUUUUAAUGCUCAUUCACCAGUUCAUAACAUUUGGAUUCGCUUGUACACCAUUAUAUUUUGUGUGGGAAAAAGUCAUUGGAAUGCAUGACACAAAGAGCAUAUUCUUGAGGGCACUUGUGCGGUUGCCUGUGGUGGUGCCAAUAUGGUUCUUGGCCAUUAUAUUUCCUUUCUUUGGUCCCAUUAAUUCAGCUGUGGGGGCUCUUCUGGUCAGCUUCACAGUCUACAUCAUCCCCUCUUUAGCACAUAUGCUUACUUUCAGAUCGGCCUCCGCCCGACAGAAUGCGGCGGAGAAGCCUCCAUUCUUCCUUCCCAGCUGGACGGUCAUGUAUGUAGUGAACACAUUUAUAGUGGUAUGGGUGCUGGUGGUCGGGUUCGGAUUUGGAGGGUGGGCGAGCAUGAACAACUUCAUCAAGCAAGUUGACACUUUCGGCCUCUUUGCCAAGUGCUAUCAGUGCCCACCCAAAGCCCCCGUAGGCACAAAAAAUCACUAAAACUGUCUUCUCUCCUGUAUUAUACAUAAGGAGCAUCAGCAUUUCCCCUGUAUUUCUCCCUCUUUUUGUUUAGUCUUUACCGUACUGUGAAAGGUCAUGUUUCCUUCUUUAGUUUCAAAGCAGUAUCAUAUUUUGAUA